GGGGAGGCCUACGCCGACGACAUGCCCCCCUUCGACGACCCGGACGUCUCCCUCGCUUACAUUGAUGAAAAACUACAAAAUGUACUAGGCCAUUUUCAAAAGGACUUUGAAGGAGGCGUUUCUGCAGAGAAUCUAGGAUCAAAAUUUGGUGGAUAUGGCUCAUUUUUGCCAACCUACCAGCGUUCCCCCCUUCUGCCCCACACUAGAACUCCACCUAAGGUGGCAAAUGCUAGCUCAAGAUCUCCUUAUCACCAGUCUACUGAGGAUGUGUGUCAGAACCCUCCGGCUAUGGCCGUUCCAUCUGUUUCCCAGAAUAAUGGUUCUGUGGCUCCUUUUUCUGGUGAUUCAAUUAAAAAGGAAAGAUGCGAAAGCACAGCGUCUAAAAGGGGCUCUAGCACCCAUGAUCCUUCAAAUGGCCCAUCUAAGUCUAGCGACCAGAAUAGAUUUAAAGUACGGAUAAAAGUUGGUUCCGACAAUGUCUUGGCAAGAAAUAAUGCAGCUAUUUACAGUGGUUUGGGCCUUGACAUUUCUUCACCUUCAUCCGUGGAGGAAAGCCCUGAUGGGCACGGGGGCCUCUCCCCCGAAUUUAGCAAUGUGCAACUUGAAUCUCCCCGGACCAUUCUUCAGAUCAUGACAUGCUUUUCAGUUCCUGGAGGGUACUUGUUAUCCCCUCUUCAUGGCAGUUUGUUGCAACUGACAAAGAAGGUUGUGCCUUCAUUGAAGAAAUGGGAAACAAGCUUGGAGAUAGAAAAUGCACAGGAAGCAUAUGGAGGGCAUGUGGUUAAGAAAAUGAAGUCUGAUGGUAAGAAAAAGAAACCCACAGAUAUGAAGAGGUCAAGUAAUAGAAACGAUGUCAGUGCAUUUAUGAAAAAUGAGAUCGAUGUAGAAACACUUGCUGGCCAGAAGAUUGCAUCAGAAGCUCUCAGCAUACCGUCUAGUCCCAGAGGCAUGGAUGCAAACAGCAAUUGUCAAUUUGAAGAAGAAGCAACAGGAAAAUCUUUGGAAAGAAACAAAGAUGAUCGAUUGAAAGAAUGGGCUGUAAACAGCAACAGCAAGACAAUCACAGCUGAAACUGCCAAAGAGGAGACUACCGACUGUUUAGCAAGUGGUGGUUUUGGCAGCUCAGAAUUGGAACUUUCAGCAGCAAAGAGGGAGCUGAAACCUGUGACAGAAAAGACAGCGUUGACUUUAGAAGAGAUGAAUACAACCAGUGACACAGAUUUUCUGUUGGAUAGGAAACAUGAAAGAAAAAUAAAGCCUGAGAGUAAAAUCAAUCCUUCUGUCAUUAACUUUGAAGAAAACGCAGUUAUAGAUGAAAAAGCUCCUGCUGUUUGCAGAAGCAUGGAGAAGGUUACUAGCAAAGAGGCUUCACUUUAUGAUACAAAUGUGAAAAGUAACACCAAGAGUGAGGCCAAAAGAAUUCACAGGGAACAAAAGAAGAAUGCUCCAACAUCUUCUGAUCUUCUGGAUGUUGACAAGGGUGCUCGUUCUUCUGCUGGAGUUAAAGAGAGGAAAAACGAUUCUCACUCCAAAUCUAGCCACUCCGGGAAGAAACCCAAAGCAAAACCACAUAGAGAUGUCAGGGACAGUUUGCCUGACGGAUCCCAUGGAUCCAAAGAGCAGGAUAUAUUGGAGAAUGGGGUUGGAUUGGGAGAGUUGCAGCCAAAGGAAAAAUAUUGGAUCAAAAGGGAUUCUGAUAUGCUUGGGGCAUCAAAGAGGGAGAUUUCAUCUAGUGCAAAGCAUGACAGACAUAUAGCUUCUGAGGAGCAGAAGAUGCAUGUACCUCCAUCUUCUGUAUCGACUGCAAAUGCAGCUCCUGCACUUCAAGCACCUGUCGUGAUAGAGGAACAUUGGGUACAAUGUGACAUAUGUCAGAAAUGGCGUCUCCUACCAUAUGAGUCGGAUCCUGAUACUCUUCCAAAGGAAUGGAAAUGUAGCAUGCAACUGUGGCUGCCUGGGAUGAAUAGGUGCGAUGUUGGUGAGGAGGAGACUACAAAUGCUCUGAAUGCACUAUAUGUCAUUCCACCCCCUGCCAACGGUAUUCCUUCAGUUGGUCAUCCUCAUGCUGCUUCUUCUGGACUGGCAACAGCCAACACGUUCAGUAUAAAUGGACAUGCUGAACAGAGUAGGAAAAGGAAGAGUUUUCCAGGUGAUGGAAGUGCUUUGGUUGACAGUUCUCACCCAACACAAGCUUCAGCUUAUUCAACGAUCACCCAACCCCCUCCUAGAGUUAGAAGUACUGCUGAUACUAAUCACUAUCCUUCCGAGAGAGAUUCUGUGAGCAAAUCAGUUGACGUUUCCACUGAAAAGAAGAAGUCCAAGAGCAAGAAUCGUGGCAGCUAUUCUGAUGGAGGAGAUCUUGUGGAAAGAUCCAAGAAGCAUUCAAAAGGAAAAGGCAAGAGGGAGAUGGAUUAUGGUGAAUACAAAGCUUCUAAGAAAAUUAAAAAGGAGGAGCGGCAUCGUUCUAGCAGAGACCGGAACCCUGAAUGUGAUUUAGCUAGUGGAGACGUUCCUGAUGAGGCCAAGGCUUUUCUUGCAAAGGCAAAGAGUUUGGGUGAGAAGGGUGAUAUUUCUUCAUUGAAGCAAAAAAGUGUUGCGAGGUCUGAUCGUUUGGAGAAGUCCAAGAGAGACAAGGAUGAGGAUAUAGCUCUUCCUGAAGAUAGGAACAAGGAACAAUACCAAACCUCAGAUGUACAGAGAUCAGACGUUUCUAGCAAGAAGAGGAUAGUGAAGGAAUGGGAGGAGAGUCAGCAUAGUUCAAUAGCUCAGGUGAGCAGAGGAACCACAGUGAAUCACAGCUCUGCUGCCAAGGAAACUCAUAAGGAUCAAAACUUAAAGGAAACAAAGUCCAAGCCAAUAAAGUCUGAAGAACUGUAUUCCACGACGGAUUCUAAAUUAGGAAAAGGUCUGCACUCUAAUCAGAUUUCUUCUUAUUAUGGUGGUCAUGUAAACAAUGAACUUGUGGAGGAUAGCACACACUUUGCUGGUAAAAGAGGUCCAUCCGAAGUAUUAGAUAAGCGAUCUUCUGAACAUGCUUUGGACUUAGCUGGAGCUGCUUCUAGUGAUGUUCCGACCACAGCCAUAGCUUCAAGUUCUUCAAAAGCUUCAGGCUCUCAGAAAAAGAAAAAUAACUCCCAAGUUGCAAAGACUUCACCGAUUGAAUCAGUUUCCUCAUCACCACCGAGGAACUCUAACAUUGAUAAGUUCUCCCAGAACAGAAUAGUGGAGAAAGAUGGGCCUAUGAAUGCUAACCCAGGCACCAUGCCGAGCUCAGUAAAGUAUCUCAAUACUGAAGUUGAUAUAGUAGACAAUGUUCGGCAGGCUAAGAAGUCCAAGGAGAGUUUGCUUGCAAGUGAACCUGUCUUACAUGGCUCUUCACAAGGAAAUUCUGACAAAGAUGAUGAAUUAGUUCAGUUAACUCAAGGCCAUGCAUCCGAAAGGUUUUCAUUGAGAAAGGGUUUGGAUGAUGAUCAGCAGCAUGCAUCUGGGAGAAAGGACUCCACUGUGAAUGGCUCCAGCACAGCGAGGGGUUAUAACCACCUGCAUUCUGGUGAUAAAAAUAACUUGCGCACUGAUGGCUCUUUAGUGCAACCUAGGACUGCAGCUUCGGGCUCGAAAGGAGAUUUGAUCGCGAUUGAAAGUAAGAAAACUGCAGCUCCUAUCCAAGAUAGAAAUGGAUUAACUCAUUGUGCUCUGGAUGGAAAUCCUAAACCAGAGGUGCCAUCUGGAAAAGAUAAAUCUUAUCCCAAGAGUAACAAGCAAGAUAUGGAGAAGCCCAAAGCCCAAAUUGCCCCUUCGCCUCUGAAAGAAACCCACUCCACUCCAGUAAAAUCUAAUGCGUCAAAAUUGACACCACAGUCAAGGCGAAGCAGUGAUGAAAAUGGAGGGCAACAGCGUGUUGCCAAACAGGGAACUUCAAAUCCUACGGAUGGGAAAGAUAGUAAUUCAACUGCAUAUGCUCUCAAAGAAGCUCGAGAUUUAAAGCACAAGGCUAACCGUUUGAAGAAAGAAGGAAAAGAACUUGAAAGCACAAGGCUCUAUUUUGAGGCAGCCUUAAAAUUUCUGCAUGUAGCAUCACUUCUGGAACCUCCUGGUAUUGAUGGUCUGAAACAAGGCGAUGCAGCUCAGAGCAUGUAUUCUGAUACUGCAAAACUCUGCAAGUAAGCUACACAAAUAUAGAUGAUAUAUUGUUCUAC